AUAGAGCAUUGGAUUUUUCCUGCAGAGCUUUCUGUGUGCAGACCCCACUGAAGGAUGGUCAGUCAGCACAAGUGUUGGGAAGCCUUCACAUUCCCGCUGCAAACCCUUUAAUCGCACAUAAAGCCCGCUGACAGUGGAAUUACUCCUCAUCUCCUCUUCCUCCUCUUCCUCUUUUCUCUUUGCGCGGAUGGCUCCUCACAUUUGAUGCCAGAUACCGGAGUCUGCGUGUGAGAUUCAGGGAGAAGUUUGACUGCGCAUCGUCUUCUUGUGUGGAAUGGGCGAUGGAAAGAGCUUCAGCUCUGCAAUGAGGCGAGUGUGUGUCUGCGUCCUGAUGCUGAGCAUCACCUGCCGGCUGAGCCUCUCCCAGGAAGUAACGGGAACUCCCAAUGUGCCCAAACUAAACGACAACAUCACCAUCUUCACACGCAUCCUGGACGGGCUGCUGGACGGAUAUGACAACAGACUGCGGCCCGGACUGGGAGAGAAGGUGACGGAGAUUAAAACCAACAUCUUCGUCACAAGCUUCGGUCCCGUGUCGGACACGGAAAUGGAAUACACCAUCGACGUGUUCUUCCGUCAGAGCUGGAAGGACGAGCGCCUCUGCUUCAAAGGCCCGAUGGAGAUGCUUCCGCUCAAUAAUCUGUUAGCCAGUAACAUCUGGACCCCGGACACCUUCUUCCUCAACGGGAAGAAGUCCAUCGCUCACAACAUGACGACCCCCAACAAGCUGCUGAGGCUGAAGGACGACGGCACGCUGCUCUACACCAUGAGACUCACGAUCUCUGCAGAGUGCCCCAUGCAGCUCGAGGAUUUCCCCAUGGACGCCCACGCCUGUCCUCUAAAAUUCGGGAGCUACGCGUAUCCGGUGUCGGAGGUGGUCUACACCUGGACUCAGGGAGCAGCCAAGUCUGUGGUGGUGGCCGAGGAAGGGUCCCGCCUCAACCAGUACCAUCUGAUCGGACAGACCGCCGGGACCGAGGACAUCUACACCAGCAGAGGUCAGUACACGGUGAUGAUGGCUCACUUCUACCUGAAGAGGAAGAUCGGAUACUUCGUCAUCCAGACCUACAUGCCGUGCUUCAUGACGGUCAUCCUGUCCCAGGUUUCCUUCUGGCUCAACAGGGAGUCAGUGCCGGCGAGGACCGUGUUCGGUGUGACCACGGUGCUCACCAUGACCACUCUGAGCAUCAGCGCUCGAAACUCUCUUCCUAAAGUCGCCUACGCCACCGCCAUGGACUGGUUCAUCGCCGUGUGCUACGCCUUCGUGUUCUCCGCCCUCAUCGAGUUCGCCACCGUGAACUACUUCACCAAGAGGAGCUGGGCCUGGGACGGGAAGAAGGCCAUGGAGGCCCAACAGCCCAAGAAAAAGGACCCUUUGGCUCUGUCUAAAAAGCCCAACAACUCCUGUUCAUCCGGCUUGAAUUACACAACCAACCUCACAAAGGACUCGUCCAUCUCCACCAUUUCAAACAGCACUGCGGUACAACUCAAACCCUCUGAAACCAAGGCCCCGGACCCCAAAAAGACUUACAACAGUGUGAGCAAGAUCGACAAGAUGUCCAGAAUAGUGUUCCCGGUGCUUUUUGGGACCUUUAACCUGGUGUACUGGGCCACGUAUCUCAACAGGGAACCCGUGAUCAAAGGAGCGGUUUAAACUCUGCAAUCCCCCCAUCCUCCUGACUCAAUCGAUGCCACUUAGUCCGAUAGUGUUUUUUUUAGCCCAUUGGAGGUCAUUGCAUGGAAAAUGCCUCGAGUUUGUACAAAAUAUACCCCUUUCCAACUUUGAUUUAUCUCAUUUUAGAAACUCCAGUCAAUGAAUUCUGAUCUUUUAGCAUUUGGCAUCUAUAUUUCCUCCUUGAGUCCACAGUGUAUGAUGGUACAGCAAAGCCAAAUGCUAUGCAAAACAACAUUUCUAUCAUUACUCUAAAGCGGCUGUUGCCUUUGUGACUCUAUUUCUUUGUAUACAUGGGCCGGGGAGGGGGGUGGGGGGGGGGGGGUCCAGAUGUACGAGGACCGGGACUUUGCUUCCUUGUUAAAAGCAGAUGAAUAGCCAUGCUAAAUGUGUUGCCUUUCAGAGUGUGAGAACUCAUUACGAAUGCACUGAAAUCUCCUGCAGUUACUUUUUUCAGAAGCCAGAUUUUACGACUCAUGUUUUGGUACUUUGAUCGCAAUUUUCAAAUGGGCAGUUUUUUCAUGGAUAUCAUUUUCAAACGGGGACAGAUUUCUGUUUCCUGUCCGCCAUGUUGGUAUUAAUGUUUGUAGUUAAAAGAGAAACAUGUAUAUAUUCCCUGCUUUUAGAAAAGUACCACUAAGCUUCUACGUUACGCAUAUUCAGCAGCACAGUGUUACUCUAGCGCUUCAAUGACUGGAGGUUGAGAAAUGAGCAGAUUAGCUUCAGCUUUAGCAUUUUUGACUGAAUAUAGACAAUGCUUUUUUAACUGAUAUUUGUUGUUUUUUUUGCAUCAAUUUGUUGUUUCUAUAAGCUUUCAUGAUUACUUGGGAAUAUUGUUUGUAAAAGUGUAGAUGCUUUGAGCAGGUUUUUGUCAUAAUUUAGAGUCCCUGCUAUAGGUCAGAGUGAGCCGGGACCAAAGGGAAAGAAAUGAUCCUUUUGAUUCAUGAUGUCUUAUUCCGGAUCCAGGCAAAAAUAUGGGAUCUAAUAUCAAUUUAAAGGUUUAAUUGAAUGAGGAACAGUUUGACAAUUAGCUUUCUUGUUCAGAUUGAUACCACUCAUGUCUGUGCGUUACAUAUGAAGCUACAACCAGCAACUGGCUAGCUUAGCUUAGCAACAAACAAAAAAAGUUAUUCCAUUAAAGAAAUAAUUUGUCUUUCUUUGUCAUAAAGGCAUAAAUGUGUCAGUGGAGUCAAAAUGAAGCUAAAGCGCAACUGUUAGCUUAGCAUAGCGCCAUGUUUUCUUGUCAAGAUGUAAAAUGGGGUAAACAACUAGUCAGGCUUUUACAAAUUAAAGAAAGUUGCAUCGUCUAAAAUUAGCAUUAGCAUGAAUGUAGCAAAGGGUUAACGCCAGAACUUUGUAAACAUUGACCCGUUUAAGAUACAAUAAAGAGUUUAGACUUCAUAGCUUCAUCAGGACCAGUAGUGUAGUUCACUUAUUUCCCUCACUGGUUAGUGGAGGUUUGAUCUUGAAUUUGACUCAUUUGGAAGGACAUUUUUUUCACCUUCCGACAUCAUAGUCAUGCUAGUUGUUUCCCUCUGUUUCAAGUCUUUAGGCUAAGCUAUGCUAAGCUAGCCGUCUCCUUGUUCUGGCUUCAUAUUUAGCUACACAAGUUGCAUUGAUCUUGUUACUUAAGUCCAAGAAGAAAGAAAACAAUGGGAUUCAAAGGCAUAUCCUUUAAGUGAUACUGCGACAGUGCAUGCACAACACUCACUUCAGCAGAGAAAGUUUAGCAGCCUUCACAGAUUUGAGUUUUAGCGUUCGAGUAUUCGAGAAUUGAAAUAUGAAUGUGAUCUUCUCAUGUGACUUUCUGCCUUCUGCGUGGCCGGCGUCUAUUUAAUACGUUUAUGGAGCUCACCAGCUGUAUUGUAUUAUUACAUUUAAAUGAAUUUUAGGUACAGGCUGUUCUUUAAAUGCAAAUAUCUGAAGCAAUAAAUAAUGCUCAUAAUUAUUAAUGACUUCUGUUUAUGGUGAUAUGUCAUCUUUGACUUUCCUUUUGUCGAUGUGUUUUUAUCCAGAUUUGGCAAUAGUCUUUUUCUAUGUAUAGCUGUACUCUGAUUCCUUUUAGUUCCGCCCCUCCCUCUUUGGAAGCACAGUGCCCAGGUUUCAUGUAUUUACUCGUUAAUUUUGUAAAAUACUUGUGCAGAUGACCAGUGCAAAGGGUUCGGGUCACAAUGAAUACUUUCUUUCUUAAUUGUUAUGCAUACCUGA